AUGAUUGAAACGAUUUCAGCGAAGAGAAGUAAAUCAGAACCGACUCUAAAGAUUGAAAUAUCAGAAAAAAUUAUGGAAUUACCUCUUGAAGAGAGAAAAUUCAAGAAUGGUUGGUCAUCGAAGCCAUUUGAAAGGAAUAAUACCAUUAAAGAGACAUCUACGAGUGAUGCAAAAAUUGAUCAAAAUGGACUAACUUUACGGUGUGCAUUAGCGCACGCAAUUGGUCUUACUUGUAAUAUUACUGGAUUCAAUAAUCUUCCUGAAUUAUAUCGAAAACUUGUAGAACUUUUCGGAAGACUCGAAGCAGGCAAUUUUGUUGGUUUGACGGUGGCUGAUAACGGUGUGGAUAAAGUAUUCGUAAAACGUAUUAAAAAUCCAUCGAUAUCAUUGAACGUUCGCCCACAAAUCAAGAGCAAUAGCCAUAUGGUUAUGUUAAUAGCAAUAACGGAUAAUACGAUUAAUAAAAGAAUAGUGUAUUGCAGUAGUACAAGAAUCACUAUGCUUUUGGUCGAGCCAAAAAGAGCUAAUGACUCAGCCGACAAGCCAACUUUGCCAAACAAUCAAAAGUUGUAUCUCGAAGCCACUAGAAUCCAGAAAAAUGAACCGGACGCGAUUGUUGUGGAGCAUAUCAAUAUGAUAUUUGAUUCGUCUAUGAGUUUCCGUGACGACCAGGAAUUCGCGCAAAAGACAGGACAAUUUGGUUCGAAAUGCGCGAAUUUCACUGAGACAAAAUCGCAUUUACAUGAGUCGAAUAAGGGAAAUUCGCAGUUCGCUGAUGAAUUAAUUUCGAAUAUAUGGGCGGUGAUUAAUGAUUGGAGAAGGAAUCGCUUAUCAAAUUUAUCAAAAACUAAUCAGUGA